UUUACUUCAAGGAACUCUUAGUCGCUUAUAGGGGAUUAAUAAUCAAUAAUGAAGACACCCAGGUUAUUCCUGGAAGCGGGUCCUUCAUAUCAUGUAAGCGUGCCAGUUUCUAUUUUUGUAAUGUACUGACUUGUCGGCGUUUUGUCAAGGUCUUCCGUUGGAAGCGGUAUAUAAGGAGCCAGACGCAUUGCUGGAGUCACAUCGCCCUGUUCCGUCUCACCAAUCCUGCAGAGAUGAAGUACUUGGUGUUUGUGCUCCUGGUGGCUGCCGCUUGCGCUUCUGAGGUGGAGAAGCGAGAGGCGGAGCCAAGUCGUGCCUACAGCUAUGGCUACGGUCUUCAACACCACGCCUACCCCCGCACAUACUACCACCCUUACCACCGUUUCCACAAGAGGUCCGCUGAGCCUGAAGCUGAUGCCGAGCCUUCUUACCCAGGCUACUACCGUCCCUAUUCCUACGGCUACCACAACACUCCCUAUGUCCACCACCACUACAAGAGGUCCGCCGAACCUGAGGCCGAAGCCGAGCCCUCUUACGGCUCCUCCAACUACUAUCGCCCCUAUUCCUACGGCUACCAAUCACACCACUAUAUUCCCUCCGUCCACCACCACCACAAGAGGUCUGCUGACCCCGUUGCUGAGGCUGAAGCCAGCUACGGUUACAGGUCAUACCACCCCGUGUAUCACCACUCUUAUCAAUACACCCCCUACACUCACAGCCACUACAAGAGAUUUGCUGAGCCAGAAGCCGAUCCUAGCUAUGGCCACCACCACCAGACCGCGUACCAUCCCUACCAUAGCGGAGCUCACUAUGGUUACGGUUACCGUGCUCACCACCACUAAGGUACUGGGUGUUUCUAUUCCCUGAACUUAAAAAUAAUAAAGUUAAUGGAAAUGAA